AUUACAUCUAGGUAGGCAGGCACCAACACGCUCCUUCCUUCACUACCUCCUGUCCAAAGGUAGUCGCGCCUUCCCUUCACUCAACCCAAGGCGCAGGGUGCGGUACAAAAUGUAGUGAAAAUGGAUUUCCUCCAAGGCUCUCUUGGAGGCUCUAACCUCUCCUCGUCCAACGUUCUGAAUGACUUUGGCUUUGACCUUGGCGACCUCUCAGAUCCUGACCAGCUGGACAACAUGGCAUCCACCUCUUCGACUGGUACUGCUGGCCAAACCAUCAAUGAAAAAGACAAGAUUCAUCCAGAUAUCGCCCCAGACCUCGAGAUUCAUCAAGCGUUCAUGCGCCAAGCCAUCAAUGUUGCGGAAGAAGCCCUCGCUGGUGGUGAAACUCCUGUUGCGUGUGUCCUUGUUCGCGAUGGCGAGGUUGUCGCUCGUGGAAUGAAUGACACCAAUCGAUCUCUCAAUGGCACUCGACAUGCCGAAUUUCUCGCCAUCGCCGAGUUCCUUUCCAAAUUCCCCAUUACCGAGUUCAAAAACACCGAUCUCUACGUCACCGUGGAGCCAUGCAUCAUGUGUGCUUCGGCUUUGAGACAAUACGGAAUUCGAUGUGUUUAUUAUGGCUGUGGCAAUGAUCGAUUCGGUGGGAACGGAAGUGUUCUAGCAGUCAACUCUGACAAGGGACUGGAAAAGGGAUAUCCGAGUUACAGUGGAAUCUUCCGCAAGGAGGCCAUCAUGUUGCUACGUCGGUUCUACAUCCAGGAGAAUGAAAACGCACCAAACCCUAGAGCCAAAGGAAAUCGAGAAUUGAAGCCUGUGGUCUGAAUGAGGAGGUUGCCGCAGAUGGUGAUUACGGAAUCAGGGCAGAAUCAGCCCGAGGGUUGAACGUCGAGAGCGGGUUUCGGCGAGGUGUCAAUCGAACAAUGAGACAUUCAGAAGCAUAAAGAAAUGGUGCAAGCAGGUGAUUGUUUGCAGUGAAUAUGUAUUAGCCUGUCAAUCUGGCACCCAUCGAGUGUACUGGAGAGUCGAAGACAAUACCAAUCAAGUGGCUUUUGAAUUAA